UGUCAUUCUGGGUAACCUUUGGGCGAAAAAAAGAAUUCGCACGGUGGUUAUAACUCCAGACCGUCUCUCCAACUGUAUCGCAGUCUUUCGCGAGAUAUCCGCUGGAUAAAAUUGAUUAUUAGUGAGCAUCGGCCUGCUAGAUCGAUCGUGGUUCAAUCUCUCGUUCAGUUCGUUCAGUUACACAGCUUGGAAGAGCUCGGCGCCUACCGACCACUACACAGGAUCGCUUUUCUCAGUGCUGCUAGGAUCAGUGUGAUUAGUCUGUUACAGCAUCGUCGACAGUGAGCAAGUGCAUUUUUCGAUUAGUUCUGAACCGCAGCGGACGCUUGUUCGGUUCAGCUUGAUUGGUGAAUAAAAGUGCCUGUAUUCGCGAACAGAAGAUUAUAGUGAUAGUGUGUGCUAAGAAGAGGAAGUAAUAAAAAGUGGUCGUAUCGUGAUUACAGUACAAUGGGUUCUAAAUCUGGUCCAGUUCAACGGUUCAUCCAACAUGGAGCGCACAAGGGUAAAGGUAUUGCCGUCUUUACCAGCGGUGGUGAUUCCCAGGGUAUGAACGCAGCUGUCCGUGCCGUCGUUCGUAUGGGCAUUUAUGUUGGAUGUAAGGUAUUCUUUAUCCGCGAGGGUUACCAGGGAAUGGUUGACGGCGGUGACAACAUCGUAGAGGCCAACUGGUCAUCGGUAUCUAGUAUUAUUCACCGCGGUGGUACGGUUAUCGGCUCCGCCCGCUGUAAGGAUUUCCGCGAGCGCGAGGGACGCCUGAAAGCUGCGUAUAAUCUGGUCAGUCGUGGCAUCACCAAUCUGGUGGUGAUUGGAGGUGACGGUUCGCUAACCGGUGCCAACCUGUUUCGUCUGGAAUGGGCAAGCCUGUUGGAUGAGCUGCUGGCGGCCGGUAGAAUAACACAGGAACAGAGACUUAAAUAUAAGGUCCUGCACAUUGCCGGUAUGGUCGGAUCGAUCGAUAACGAUUUCUGCGGCACGGAUAUGACCAUCGGUACCGAUUCGGCACUGCAUCGUAUCAUCGAGGCUAUUGAUGCUAUCGUUAGUACUGCUUACUCGCAUCAGAGAACCUUCAUCAUGGAGGUCAUGGGCAGACAUUGUGGAUAUCUUGCCGUCGUUGCUGGUGUGGUUUCCGAGGCUGAUUAUGUUUUCAUUCCAGAAUCACCUCCCCCACACGACUGGGAGGCGAAGAUAUGCUCCAAACUAGAACAGGAACGCUCGGCCGGUCAAAGGUUGAAUAUUAUCAUCGUGUCGGAGGGAGCGAUCGACCGCGAAGGUCAACCGAUCACGGCCGAAAAGGUGAAGCAGGUGGUGGUUGAUAAAUUGCAGCAGGACACCCGAAUCACCGUGCUCGGUCAUGUACAGCGUGGAGGCAAUCCAAGUUCGUUUGAUCGUGUGCUGGGCUGCCGCAUGGGAGCCGAAGCCGUGAUGGCACUGAUGGAGGCCGAUGACAACACGGAACCGUGUGUCGUGUCCCUGGACGGUAAUCAGGCUGUUCGAGUGCCGCUGAUGGAGUGUGUCCAGCGUACGAAAGCCGUUAUGGAGGCAAUGGCCGACAAGAACUGGGAGCUAGCUGUGCAGCUAAGGGGUCUUUCAUUUUCUAGAAACUUGGAAACCUACAAGAUGUUGACUCGUCUGAAGCCACCGAAGAGUGCCUUUGACGAGCAGGGCCGUGGCGUUGGAGGCUACACGAUGGCUGUUAUGCAUAUUGGUGCUCCGGCCUGUGGAAUGAAUGCUGCUGUGCGGUCUUUCGUUAGAAAUUGCAUUUACCGUGGUGACACCGUGAUGGGUAUUCACGACGGUAUCGAGGGCUUAGUCAGCGGCAACAUCAAGAAAAUGGAGUGGUCUGAUGUGACCGGAUGGGUUGGACAAGGUGGUGCCUUUUUGGGAACCAAGCGUACUCUGCCCGAAGGCAAAUUCAAAGAAAUUGCCGCUCGUUUCAAGGAGCACAAUAUUCAAGCACUGUUGAUUAUCGGUGGAUUCGAGGGGUAUCACGCGGCGGGUCAGCUAGCGGAUCAGCGAGAAAAUUUCAAAGAAUUCUGUAUCCCGGUUGUAGUUAUUCCAUCGACCAUAUCGAACAACGUUCCCGGUACGGAGUUCUCGCUAGGAGCCGACACUGGUCUGAACGAGAUUACGGAAAUUUGCGAUCGCAUUCGACAGUCCGCUCAGGGCACCAAGCGUCGUGUGUUUGUUAUUGAAACCAUGGGCGGUUACUGCGGUUAUUUGGCAACGCUAGCUGGGCUGUCCGGUGGUGCCGAUGCCGCCUAUAUCUACGAGGAAAAAUUCUCUAUUAAAGAUCUGCAGCAGGAUGUGUAUCACAUGGCGUCGAAGAUGAGCGAUGGCGUUCAGCGUGGUCUGAUUCUGCGAAACGAAAAAGCCUCGGAAAAUUACAACACCGAGUUCAUCUUCCGUUUGUGUUCGGAGGAAGGAAAGGGAUUGUUCUCCACCAGAAUGAAUGUGCUGGGACACAUGCAACAGGGUGGAUCUCCGACUCCAUUCGAUCGUAAUAUGGGUACCAAAAUGGCUGCUAAAUGUGUGGAGUGGUUGGUCGAACAGCUAAAGACGAACACGAUGCCAGAUGGUAGCAUCAAUGCCAAAACUCCGGAAACCGCCUGUCUGUUGGGCUUGAUCCGACGCCAGUACAAAUUCAGCCCAUUGAAGGAGCUGAUCGCCGAUACCAACUUCGAACAACGCAUCCCCAAGCAUCAAUGGUGGCUGAAACUUCGUCCCCUGCUGAGAAUCCUGGCCAAGCACGAUUCCACCUACGAAGAGGAGGGUCUGUACAUCACCGUUGACGAAGAGAUGUCCACCGAUUCUCCGUGCGCCUAAACGGCGUUCGGCGGCGUACCGAUGUGGAAGCGACCACCGCCCAUAAUCGCAUAGUACUCCUGUGCAGAAAUCGCCAGAACACGAUUAUGGGCGACUGUGAGUGGUGAAACGAGUAGCGUAUAACUAAUUCUAGGACAAAACUAAUUAAUUCUCUACCACCCACAGCUGAACAGAUAGUGUUUCUUUGUAUUUGUUUUAGUCGUUUCAGCAACGACAAAAAUCGGUAUCGUUUUGUAGUUUUUAUUCAGGUACUGCGACAAGAUUAGUUGCAGUUGUCAGUGCAUACCAAGAAAAGCGACCGCGAAAUUUGUUCAAAGAUAUUUUGCAUUUUUUAGUUCACAAGCAAAAAACAACCAAGAAACAUUAUUCUGAUCAGGCGAAACGAUUUCUUUGUACUAAACAGUUUAAUCGAUAUUCUAGACUGUCUCAUCCUAUCAAAUACAAAAUAAAAUACAUAUACAUAUAGGCGAAUUAUCACCAACCCAAAGAGAUAUACCUCAGGUAGGAGCAAAACAAAAGUGAACAAAAAUCUGUUAUCAGUGUAAAAGAUUUGUGACUCGUUGUCGUUACUUCUUAGCAAAAUCAAACUAUUAGUCACAACUCACAAUCGGUGACUAAUUUUAAUACUCACUAUGAAAAAAUACAAACACAUACACGCUGAAAAGCACACCUAGAAUUAGUUUUGUUUUGUUACACUCCUGAUUCAGUGCCAGUCCAAUAUUGUAGAGCUUUCUUCCCGGAAUACACCUUCCGGACAAAAAUGAAUCAAUCUUUUCCUAUUUCUCAUAAUAAUCGAAAAUUGUCGUUUGUCCUACUUCGGCCAAGACCCGUCCGAAAAAAAAACCAAAAUUCAUUGCAUGACAUGUUUUUAGAACCAAACUCUCAUCCCAAAAAUCGUGCGUUAACUUAUUGCAAAACACACAGAGAAAAAAAAAAACUAUUUAUUUUUUCGUUGCUUUAUACGUUUGAGUUACUUUGUAAACAAGUAUUAUUUUAUUUCUCUUACGAUGAUCACCAAGUGAGUUUACAUAGAACGAUAUUUUAUCUUGUUUGAAAAACAAACGCAGCCACAUAUGUUGAGUUGAAAACGAAACAUUAACGUUUAAAAUCAGAUACAUAAAUUAUUUAUGCAACAUUAAUAUAAAAAAGUGUUACAAUGUCUGAAGGUACAGAAUGUUGAAUAAAAUAUUGAUUAUGAAUCACAA